AUGUCAAAUGUGGAUGUGUCUGUAUUGGUGCUAUUUGAUAAGGAAAAGGUGGCUGUGGUUGAGCUUUUCUACGAGCGUGUAAAACCGACACGAUGGCUGCUUGUGCGUUCCAUUCCCAUUGAUGUAACGCUACUGCAGGCGCUACAGUGUCUUAAUUUGUGUGUUUCAGUCUCUUCAUCGACGACUCGAGGUGGUAGGGGAGAUGGUGCGUGCGGCAGCUCCGGCCCGGGAAGUCGCUCCGCGGAUGGGUGUAUUGGUGUGGUUCGUGUUGGGUACACGCCAGAGGAGGAGCAGAAUUACUGCCUGUUGCUGCAGUUUGACACCGCCAGAGAUGCGAAACGUGUCAAGAAUAAGCUCCUGCAUGCAAACUUGACGGGAAGCUCGCCCACUUCGUCGGAGCAUGUUUGUGGGAUGGCCAAGGUGAAGAGCUCGUAUAUUGAGACGGAUGCCGGUUAUGACGGUGUUGGCAUUGAGGGGAAGCAACAUGGAGGAUUGGAGGAGGAAAACAUUGAUUUGGAGGAGUUGUGUAGUGUGAUGCACGGGGGUGCAGCGUCCGCCUCUACCCACUUGCAGGGCGGCUGUCCGGGCAGUAUGGCGUGGCGGAAUUUAGAGCAACAGGGUGGAAGUCACUUGGCGCAUUCAGUGCUGCUUACACCAAUGGAGGACUUCUGCUCUAUUUGUCAAGAAAUUGCUUCUAGUAAACCUUUUAUUGUGACAUUGUGCAAACAUGUAUUUCACCUUUCAUGCUUCAGUAAGCAUCUAGAAGAUGUGGGCCAGUCGUGUCCGCUUUGCCGUUUUUCAAUGGCGUCGUUAAAGUCAAAGUGCUAUACCUGUGGCUCUUGUAGUGAUUUGUGGACGUGUCUUGUUUGUGGUUGGGUGGCAUGUGGGCGGGGUCACCGUCACGAUGCCUUGCAUCACUUCGAGAGCACAGGUCAUUCAUGUGCGAUGCAGAAUAGUACAUCCCGGAUUUGGAACUAUCGCGCCAAGGAUUUCCUGCACCACCAACUGGCAAUUGAGCUUGGGGACGAGGACGAUGUAAAGGCUCUCAAGGCUGCUGCGGAAGAUGCACCUACCAACAGUCGCUUCAACAAGGGUGAGACGGGAGUAACAGCCUCCUCGUAUCGGCGCAGUCGGUGGUGGUGGGAUAAGGAGGAAGAGGAGGCCGCGCUGGAUUUAAACGCGGAGCACGUUCAUGAGUACUACUUGGGGGUGAUGCAGCAGCUGAUGAAGGAGCAGUCGGAAUACUUUGAGGGACGGGGAGAGACUGGGGUGAUAAAGGAGGGGCCAGGAGGGGUUGCGCCGGCAGUGACGACAGCCGAGGCAACAUCGGAGCCGUCCACGGCGAUGCUGCGGAAGUUGGUGACUGCGGAGCAAAGGCAGCGUCGGCGAAUUUUUUCAGAGUACAUGAGCGGCAUGCGCCGUGCGGCACUUCGUGAAAAGAUAUCGUUUUAUCGGCUUGUAAAACUGGAGGCAGUACGGAAUGAGAAUCUGCACGAGGAGUUGUUUUUGCAGUUCCAAGUCAUUCAAAGCCUGCACACCCACAUUGAGCAAACAAGACGAAGGAUUGACGAGGCUUCGCGGCGCGGGAUGGAGCAGCUGGCGUUGAAGAGGGCUACGCUGGAGAGUUUACAAGAAAAGCUGGACCUGUUGCUGAAAAGCAUGGAUUGA